AUGAUUCACACGGAUACGUUAAAUGAAUCUUCGUGCGUGGAAGAAACGAUCGAAGCGAUUGAUCAUAGAACAAUCCAUUCGUAUCACAGUGAAGGAGCGGGUGGACGACACGCUCCGGAUAUACUUAAAAUCUGUAGCGAACCAAACGUUCUUCCUUCCUCUACAAAUCCUACCCGUCCCUACACUAUCAAUACUCUGGACGAACAUUUAGAUAUGUUGAUGGUUUGCCACCAUCUAAAUAAGGAAUUAAAGGAAGAUGUUGCUUUCGCGGAAUCUCGUAUCCGAGCCGAAACUAUUGCUGCAGAAGACAUUUUACACGAUAUUGGAGCCAUAAGUAUGAUGUCUUCGGAUUCUCAAGCAAUGGGCCGUAUUGGAGAAAUGAUUACACGCACUUGGCAAACUGCGGAUAAGAUGAAAAAGCAAUUCGGUCCUCUUCCGGAAGAAGUUGGCGAUAACGAUAAUUUCCGAGCUAAAAGAUACGUUGCAAAAUAUACCAUUAAUCCCGCCAUCGCUCAUGGAAUUCAAAAUUAUAUUGGUUCAAUAGAAGUUGGUAAGUUAGCCGAUUUGGUGUUGUGUCAUCCGGCAUUCUUUGGUGCCAAACCACAGAUGGUUAUUAAGGGUGGACAAAUAGCGUUAGCACAAAUAGGAUUAGCAAACGCAUCUAUUCCUACUCCGGAACCUGUAAUCCAACGGAAAAUGUUUGGAUCCUACAGCAAAUCCGUUGGACCAAAUUCCAUAAUAUUUGUUUCGAAGCUCUCGGUGGAAAGAGGAAUUGUUAAAACAUACGGUUUGGAUAAGGAAAUCGCAGCAGUAUCUGGCUGUAGAAAUCUUACUAAGAAGGACAUGAUCCUUAAUGAUAGCUUGCCGAAACUGAAAAUUGACCCGGAGACUUAUAAAGUGUACAUGCUUCGAGAAGAUGAAGAGUGGCAAUAUUUAACUUGUUCUUCAUUAUCGAGACUGCCUCUAACUCAGCGUUACUUUUUAAUUUGAUUGUGUAUAUAUAUAUAUUAAUAUAAAAACUUUUA